GUGGGUUAAAGUGUAAUGGCUUUGAGAGUUACCCAUUGAGAAGCAGAGUAAGUCUGCUGCAGACAAACGCUCACUUAUUGCUGAGGGCCCAAGAGAAAAAGCAGGCAUUAAAUAAAGCAUUUACUGUUCCUGCGCCAUAAAUAUGGUACAGAAGAUGAUAAUUGCGGCACUGGCGAUGCUGCUGGUGGCAUCGGUCGCCACAUUCGUGGGUGUCUUCUUUGGUGUCGCGAGAAGGAAGCAACCGAGUGAGCAGGUGUACUCGAAGGCGGCCGUGGCGGCAGAUGCUGGGCCGUGUUCAGAGAUCGGCAGAGACAUACUGAUGAAAGGGGGGUCUGCAGUAGAUGCCUCUAUAGCUGCAUUACUGUGUGUUGGACUUAUGAAUGCUCACAGUAUGGGCAUCGGAGGAGGACUUUUCUUCACAAUCUACAAUGCCAAAACUGGGAGGGUUGAAACGAUUGAUGCCAGGGAGACGGCACCACGCAAUGCAACAAAGGACAUGUUUGGGAACAGCACAGACCUAUCCCAGAAAGGAGGGUUGUCUAUUGCUGUACCGGGGGAGAUUCGAGGUUAUGAGAUGGCACACAGACGACACGGCAAACUGCCUUGGAAAGACUUGUUCCAGCCAAGCAUUGUUCUUGCAGAAAAAGGUUUUCCUUUGGGCAGGGCAUUGGCCUCAGCUUUGUCCAGUAAGAAGAAUAUCAUCAUCAAAGACGAAGCCCUGUGUGAAGUGUUUUGUGGGAAGAAUGGCUCCGUUCUGAAAGAAAAUGACACCAUCAUGUUUACCAAGCUUGCCCAAACGUAUCGUAAAAUAGCAGAAGACGGUCCUGAUGCUUUCUACCAGGGACAACUGGCUCAGAACCUUGUGACGGAUAUUCAGGCAGCAGGCGGCAUCAUCACAAUGGAGGAUCUGAAGGAUUAUGUGCCCAUCUUGGAUGAGAAGCCUUUAAGGGUGACUGUGGGGGAGUACACCAUGGCGGUUCCCAAUGCCCCCGCCAGCGGCCCUGUGCUCUCGCUCAUAUUAAACAUCUUGAAUGGGUACAACUUCACCUCAGAUAGUAUGGCAAGCACAGAGAAAAAGAUCCUGACCUACCAUCGCAUCGUGGAGGCUUUUCGUUUUGCUUAUGCAAAGAGGACCUUACUUGGAGAUCCGGGAUUUCUCAACAUCACAGAUCUCAUCCAGAAUAUGACUUCCAGUUACUAUGGCGAUGACCUCCGUGAAAAGAUCACAGAUGAUUCCACACAUCACAUGAACUAUUACGAGCCCGAGUUCUACCUGCCUGAAAACCACGGGACCUCCCACCUCUCUGUCGUAGCAGAAGAUGGAAGCGCUGUGGCUGCCACCAGCACCAUCAACCUAUUUUUGGGCUCUAAAGUCAUGUCGAGAUCAACAGGGAUACUUCUCAACAAUGAGAUGGACGACUUCAGCUCUCCGCUUAUCACAAACGGCUUCGGAGUGCCUCCUUCACCCAACAACUUUAUCAGGCCAGGAAAAAGGCCAAUGUCUUCCAUGUGUCCAACCAUCCUCUUCGACAAAAACAACAAAGUUAAGCUGGUGGUCGGAGGCUCUGGAGGAACAAAGAUCACCACCUCAAUCGCUCAGGUGAUUCUGAAUGCCCUGUUCUUCGACUACGACCUAAAUAAAGCUGUGAACGAUCCAAGGCUCCACAACCAGCUGAGUCCCAACGCCACUGUAGCAGAGCCGGACUUUGACAAAAGAAUCCUGGAUGGUUUGGCAUUAAAGAACCACGAGACCGAGUUCCUCAAAUCAACAGGAGCUGUGGUGCAGGCGGUGAUGCGCUUUGAAGACGGGCUCCACGCUCAAUCAGAUCCUCGCAAGUGGGGGUACGCCGCAGGGUACUGAGGUCAUAAACAUCUGAUUGAGCAGAGGGACCCCAGAAGUAGGAGCUGAGAGAUUCAAGAUUUAAUAAAGAAAUGGGAGUGUCAGCUGUCUUGGGCACCAAUCGGUCUCUGAUGAAGUUAGACUAACGAUCAUGUGCUGCAUAACACGCAACUCUGAUAACAGAUUGACUUUAUGCUCGUUAGUAACCAAAGCAAAGUGCCUCAGUCUGCAAUUAAUUCUGAAUAUUGACUUGUGUCUAAUACAUUUCGAUGUCACUUCAUCAUUUCAUGGAAUUAAGAAAUGCACAAGACACCGGAUGUUGUUUUAAGGGACAGCUUUGACAGUGUGAACAAAACACUGAUGGAAAUUAUAAAUAUGUACAAUUCCUACCUAUUUAUGAAGCACUUUUUUAAUACAUAAUUAGCUGUGUAAAGCUGUUUCCCAUAGUUUUUGUCCAUUAAAGAGAUGUGAGCAAUUUGAAAACUCAACUUUAAAGUUUAUAUCCACUGAAGAAAUUAAACGAAACUAACAGACCUCAAAUUUGUUUUUAGUAAUUUAAAACUUUGACAAAUUUCACCAUAACUGUUCAUAUGGGGUAAAGGCAAAGAAAGGGAGAGCAGACAAGCAAGUAAAGGGCAAAUAAAAAGUCCUCUUAAUGACUCUAGUAAUUUCCCACAAGCCAGAGUGCAACGGCCUGUAAUGACCCCCAUAAUAACUUUGCAGCUGUUGCCGCUUGGAUUCAGGGCUCUUUUCUCAGCUGGAAUGUUAAUAUUACAUAAUUACUCAUAAAAGCGUAAAAUUAUUCUGUCUUAAUCAACUUUUUGCUACAAAUGACAGAUGUAUGUGUGAUGGAAAGUAUUAUGAUAAACAUUCACAAUUCUCAUAUUUAUUUAAAAGCAAAAAUUAAGGACAAUCUGCAUGUGAAUGGAUCAUUUAUUUUAUUGUUUGUUUUUUUAAUCAAAUUAAUAGAUACAAUAGUAGAUGUUUUCUAUUUUACAUGUUUCACUUGAAAUUCAGAUGCUGUUAAUUAUUAAAGCAUACCACUGUAUACAA